AUGGAACCCAUCACUGUGCCGAUCAACCAAAGCAAAGAAGAGGAGGCGAUGAAGUCUAUCUCAGCAGAGAAGUCAGUAACAGAAGGAAAAAAAGAGGCGCCAUUGGGAACUACCACUGUGACUAAACCUUCAUUUGCCAUCUUCGUAACAAGAGACAAAAGAAAACAAUGCUUUGAUUCAUCAAGCGAUGAUGACAGUGAGGGUGAUGAAGAGGAGGAAGAAAAUACGGGAAAAAGGCUUCUGACAGAAGAAGCAAAACUUACUUCCCACCAGGAAUGGUACGAUGCCCAAUUAGAAGAAAACAAACAGAAUUUGUUCCAAGAAAUGAGAGAGAAGGAAAACAAGCUCAUGAUGCUCAAGUGGGGGCAGAAAGGAAAGGAAGAGUAUGCGAGCUCGAAUUCGGUAGACAGGCUCAAGGAGGAACUGGCGUUGUUACAAAUCAUGUAUCAGCAGUUAGUCAUAUAG